AAAAAGUUUCACGUCGGCGAGCGAAGUGAACGCAAAAUUCGGCUGUUCAUUCUCUUGACAGUAAAACUCUGAUAAAAAAGCGAAGAACUCGAAGACGGUCAUAUUCACGUUUUCUAGAAGCUACACCGGUGUAAUUGUCAAUCAUAACUUCCCUAUUCGUUUGAAAAUUACUUAAGAAACAAUGGCACAACUAUUCAACCGUAUCGGACAGAUUGGACUCGGACUUGCCCUAGCGGGAGGUGUUGUCAACUCUGCGUUAUAUAAUGUCGAUGGUGGUCAUCGUGCUGUCAUAUUCGAUCGAUUCCAGGGCAUCAAACAAUUGGUGGUGGGCGAAGGAACCCAUUUCUUCAUUCCGUGGAUCCAGCGUCCGAUCAUCUUUGACAUUCGAUCGCAGCCGAGAAAUGUUCCAGUUGUGACGGGCAGCAAGGAUUUACAAAAUGUCAACAUCACAUUGCGUAUUCUGUUCCGACCGGUUCCGGAUCAAUUGCCGAAAAUUUAUACCAUACUUGGUGUGGACUAUGAUGAUCGUGUGCUGCCGUCAAUUACAACGGAAGUGCUGAAGGCUGUCGUUGCGCAAUUCGAUGCUGGGGAAUUGAUCACACAGAGAGAGAUGGUUUCCCAAAAAGUGUCCGACGACUUAACCGAACGAGCUGCCCAAUUCGGCGUCAUCUUGGAUGACAUUUCAAUCACUCACUUAACAUUCGGCAAAGAAUUCACGCAGGCCGUCGAAAUGAAACAAGUCGCCCAGCAAGAAGCCGAAAAAGCCCGAUUCUUGGUAGAGAAAGCCGAACAACAGAAGAAAGCUUCGAUUAUUUCGGCUGAAGGUGACGCUCAGGCUGCUGAACUUUUAGCGAAAGCGUUCGGCGAUGCUGGUGACGGUUUAAUUGAGUUGAGACGUAUUGAAGCAGCCGAAGAUAUUGCCUAUCAACUAUCACGCUCGAGACAAGUGGCGUAUUUACCUGCUGGUCAAAGUACAUUAUUGAAUUUGCCGUCGUCGUAAGCGUUUUUCGGUUGGGCUAGAACUACAAACUACUUUACGUUUUUUUAAUAAAAUUAUAAUUUUCCUUUCUGUGUAUUCAAAUACAUUCUCAGAAAUUGCAUUUCGUAGCAAUCAAAGUGAGUUUUUCAUUUUGUUAUAAAUCGGCGAUCAAUUUUUGUUAAAAUCGUUCACUAACUUGAUGAAAUCGUUCAAAUGUUUUGGGACAAUAAAGGUGCAUUAUCGAAACA